AUGUUUGUAGAUAUUGAGCUUGUUAAACGUGUCAAGGGUUUUGUAAACUCUAUUAUUGUUGUGCAAGCAGAAUUAUUAUUCGAUUCUUUUAACAACACAUCUCUAAAGGAGCUACUAUUUGAUAAUGAUUUUGUCAAGCUUAUAUUUUUCAAUGACGACGAAUUAUCAAAGCAAAAUAAAACUAGCAUGAUUUCAACAAAUCUGCUUGAUACAACUACUGAACUUUAUCAAGAUGGGAGCAUCAGUACAGCAAACCUGAUCGCAUAUAUGUUUCAUUCCAGUGCAUUGUAUUUAAUUGAGGAAUAUACAUUAAAAAAUAAAGAAACGAUAAAUGCCAAUGAUUCUCUCGAUUGUGUAGAAAAAUUUAUUCAAUUCAUGAUGAAUAAAAGUCUAAACACCAAAAUGAUCAUGAUUUCAUACAAAUCUCUUUUCAAAUGGAAAGAUCCAUUUCUUACUCUAAAAGAAUACUUGUCUUUCUUUAAAUCAUUUUUUGUCGAUACUAUAAUUAUCCAAAAAGAUCCUCCAUUGAGUCAUCAAUCAACAUCAAUAACAACACAUUCAUAUGCUCGUAUAGGUUUAAUGGGCAAUCCAUCAGAUGGUUUCUAUGGGAAAACAAUUUCUUUGCUAAUUUCUAAUUUUUUUGCAGAAAUUACACUAAUUCCCAACAAAUUCACUCAUGCACAAGAAUAUUCCAAAAUCGAAUUUUUUCAUUCUAUGAUGACCACUACAUUUUUAUUCCAAUCCAUUGAAUCUUUAUCAAUAUUAUCAUUCACAGAAGGUUAUACGAAUGCUAAUAGAUUAUUCCAAGCAGCUUGCAAAGUAUUCUUUAUAUAUUGCAAAAAUAAUAAUCUUUCACUUCAUAAACAAGGCUUUAAACUUUGUUUUGAAACAAAUAUACCACGACAAGUUGGUCUAUCAGGAUCUUCUGCUAUAAUCACUGCUUUAUGGAAAGCAUUGAUGAAAUUUUAUAGGAUUGGAAAUGAUGACAUUUCACUAGCAAUGCAAGCAAAAUUGAUACUUGAAGCAGAGCUUAUUGAAUUAGGAAUUAGUGCGGGACUACAAGAUAGAGUUAUACAAAGUUUCGGAGGCGUUAUGUAUAUGGAUUUUGAAAAAGAAUUUAUGGAGAGGAAUGGUGGAAUUGGAAGAUACAUAAGAGUACCAAGUGAAUUAAUACCUAAAGGAUUUUGGAUUGCUUAUGAAGGGAAUCCUAGUGAUUCUGGAAAAAUUCAUAAUGAUGUGAGAAAAAGAUUUGAAGAAGGGGAUAAAAAGUUAGCUGAUGCCAUGAUCCAAUUUGCAUCCUUUGCUGAACAAACUUAUUACCUUUUGCAUGAUUCUUCAAUCCAGCAAGCAACUAAACGUGUAAAAUUAGCCAAGUUAAUGAAUAUGAAUUUUAAUUUGAGGCAAGAAAUAUAUGGGAAUAGAACACUUGGAAAAAAUAAUUUGAAAAUGAUUGAAUUGGCUAGGAAAUUUGGGUUUGCUGCCAAAUUUACGGGAUCAGGUGGUGCUAUUGUUGGUUUAUGGGAAGAUGAAAAUGAUAAAAAUAUGAUGAUUAAUGUAGAGAAAUUAAAGAAUGAAUUACAAAAAGAAGGGUUUGUGUUUUGUUGGGUUAAGAUUUGUGAUGACAAGUAUGAAGAAAAUUAA